UACACUAGCCUUCUAACCAAGAACCGGAAAAAGUAAAACAAAAAUUUAUGGGGUUUGUAAUGAAAAUAGAACAUUUAAGAGGAAACCGGAGGAAAUCAACAAGGAUAUAUUGUAGGAAGUAAAGUGGGUGUCGUGUGUUUGGAUAAGCUUAAAGUGUUACAAAUUAUCAAAGUUAAUUGGCUUAUCAAAAGAGUUUUAUUUUUAAUUAAUAUACCAAUACAGGAAACGUUUUGUUGUUUAAAAUUACGAAGUAACAAAAAAUGUUUGUUUGUAAAAACGCAGUUUUUUUAAUUAUUUUUAUCGGUUGCUAUUUUGUAAAUAUUUCUGGUAAUGAAAAUGAAGAUUUUUACAAAUUGCUCGGAGUGCCUAGAGAUGCCACUGUUAAAGAGAUUAGGAAGGCUUUUAAAGUUUUAGCUGUAAAAUUACAUCCGGAUAAGAAUAAGGAUGAUAAAGGGGCUGAUCAAAAAUUUAUUAAAAUUGCUAGAGCUUAUGAGAUUUUAAAAGAUCCAGACACACGUAAACAUUAUGAUUUGCAUGGAGAUACUGAGUCUUCACAGAAAAAACAUCAGUAUCACAGUUAUACUUAUUACAGGGACCAAUUUGGGAUUUAUGAUGAUGAUCCCCUUAUUGUUACGUUAAGCAGGGCUGAUUAUGAAUUGAACAUUUUGGAUGCUAGUCAGGCUUGGUUUAUAAAUUUCUACUCACCUAAUUGUCACCACUGCCAUGAAUUAGCCCCAACUUGGCGUAAGUUGUCUUCGGAAUUAGAGGGGGUGAUUAGAAUUGGUGCUGUUAACUGUGAAGAUGAUUGGUCUUUGUGUUACCAACUCAGUAUUGAAUCUUACCCCACUUUGCUCUAUUAUGAGAAAGAGGCUCACCUUCACGAGGGCCAGCGUUAUUAUGGCCCUCGAACUCUUGAUGAAUUACAAGAUUACGUUUUAUCGAAAAUAACUGUUAGUGUAAAAAAUGUGGAUAAAGAAAAUUGGGAACGUGAUUUAAGGAAGCAACAAUGGUUGCUGUUUCUUUGUGCAGAGGAUAAUCCAAAUUGUCCUGAACACGAGACUAGACUCAAACUGGCGGCUAUUUUAGACGGUUUGAUGUCAGUUGGAGUUGUAAAAGAUCUGGAAUUGUGUGAUAAAAUUUCUCAUACUCAUAAAAGUAACCCUAUAGUAUUAUGGCAAGUGGAUAAGGAGAAGAAUAGUGAAUCUGAAAGUUUUGCAGUUUUGCAUAAUGUGGAAGGAUCUGAUAGUAAAGAAAUUCUUGACAAUAUUUUAAGUAUUUUACCAAACCCUGAAUCGUUAAAUGAAGAACAAUUCAAGGAAAUUAGAGCGAAAUUACGUAGCGGUGAUGAAAAUCCUUGGCUGCUUUGUUUUUACCUCGGCACUGCCACAGAUUUAAAUCUACAACUCAAACGUCUUCCAUCUAUGAUUCCUUCUAUAAAUAUAGGUUUGAUUCAUUGUGGCAAAAACUCGGCUCUUUGUUCGAGUCUCCACAUCUCGCGUUACCCAAAUUGGGGUAUUUUGAAAGUAGGCGGCGCUUUUGAGCUCCACCACGGCCGAGACGUCCUCCACGAACUUUCAGCUUUUGCUAGAGACAGCAGCAAGGCCCAAAACCUGCACGCAUUGUCCCCUGCUGAUUUCUCAAACAUUGUAAAUGGCAACAGCGCAUGGUUUGUUGACUGGUACGCCCCCUGGUGUCCGCCGUGUCGGCGUCUCAUGCCCGAAUUGCGAAGGGCGAGUCAUCAUUUCGCUCCAAAUAUUGUCCAAUUCGGGACAGUCGACUGUACUUUACACAGGAAUUUGUGUUCACAGAAUGGAAUUUCGUCAUAUCCCACAACAAUCUUGUAUAAUGGAACCCGGACGCAGGUGUUUCACGGGACGCCAUCUGAAGAUGGGAUUGUCGAGUUUAUUUCAGACAUGAUAGCGCCAUCUGUUAUUGCAUUGGAUGACACGUCUUUUGUCCAAUUGAUGCGAAAGCCGGAAGAUGAAAUUUGGGUUGUUGAUUUUUUCGCUCCAUGGUGUGGGCCGUGCCAGAAAUUGGCUCCCCAGUGGCGCAAGCUUGCCAAACAAUUGACUGAGUUUCCGCAAAUUAAAGUAGCACAAGUGGAUUGUGUCGCAAAUUCGGAUUUGUGUAACGCACAAAAUGUUCGGAGUUAUCCGACGAUUCGGGUUUAUCCCUUGGGGAGUAAGGGGAUGAAUACCGUUGGGAUGUACAACGGCAAUCGCGAUGUUGUCUCACUUAAACGCUGGGUUUUAAACUUGAUUCCUUCUCCUGUCGUUUCAAUGGAUGCUGAAAUGUUUAAAGAUCAAAUCCUUACAAAGAAGUUUAUGACGCCAUGGCUUGUCGAGUUUUAUGCACCGUGGUGUGGUCACUGUACACAUUUCGAACCCGAAUUUCGAAAAGUUGCAGAUAGAUUAGAAGGUAUUAUAAGAAGUGCCAAAGUCGACUGCGAGGCCGAAAGAAUGUUUUGCGGCAAUUUACGUGUCAAUAGUUAUCCUUCACUAUUUUUAUACUUAUCUCCAACUGAAAGAAUUGAAAUUGACACACAAAACGUCUCUGAAAUCGUUAGCCAAGUCAAGAAUUUAAUUAAAAACAGACACUUACAACACGACGAACUUUAGACUAUAGUUUCAAUGUCAAAAAUUAUGCAACACUGUAGACCAUUUACUUUUUAUUUGUGACUUUCUAAAAUAAAUAAAUGUUUUUGCUAAGUUUUAAUUGAGAACAAAUUUCGUAAUUUUAACGCAAACUUUGUAUUUAUAAAUUUGUAUGUCUUAGUAGCCGGUCGCUGGCUGAAAGAUUUGAGAUUUGAGAGAAAGAUACCGGAUUUAUAUGAAUUUGAUAUGAAAAUCCGGUGAAACGGCCAGCGAUCUGGUUUUUAUAGUUCCAAAGCUUUAACCAAAACUCAGAUACGUAUCAAUAUAUAGGCUGUGUUUGAAAUGCAUGUUGUAAAUGGUGAAAAAUUUGUUUUUGAGUUAAAAAUUUUGGUCAAAAUAAUUAUGGUCUGUGUCGUCGAUACAUGCACCUCUAACACACCCUGUAUUCGUAAAAGAGGUAAAUAGGCAUAGUGGAAAGUAUUGCUAACUCAAAAACGUGUGAUACAAUUUAAUAUUUUUGUACAAUUUGUUUUCUAAACAUGAAAUAAAAAUUGAUAUCUUAAUCAA